CUGUCAGAAUAAACAACCCGGCCCCCACUUGACAACAGUGUGACGUAAUGGAGUGAAGUGACGCGGUGACGUGACGCAGUGACGUGCAGCUGGCGUCGCUGUGCCCUGAUGCAGGGGGGUUUCCAUCAUGGCGUCGAUGCAGAAAAGGCUACAAAAGGAACUAUUAGCUCUGCAAAAUGAUCCACCUCCUGGGAUGACGCUCAACGAAAAAAGCGUACAGAAUACCAUCACACAGUGGAUCGUAGAUAUGGAAGGAGCCUCCGGCACACUCUAUGAAGGAGAGAAAUUCCAGCUGCUUUUCAAAUUCAGUAGUCGAUAUCCAUUUGAUUCACCUCAGGUCAUGUUCACAGGAGAGAAUAUACCUGUCCACCCUCAUGUGUACAGCAACGGGCACAUCUGCCUGUCUAUUCUUACAGAAGACUGGUCACCAGCGCUCUCCGUGCAAUCAGUUUGUCUAAGUAUAAUCAGCAUGUUGUCCAGCUGUAAAGAAAAGAGACGGCCGCCGGAUAACUCCUUUUAUGUAAGAACUUGUAACAAAAAUCCAAAGAAAACAAAAUGGUGGUAUCAUGAUGAUACAUGCUAAUGUAAACAAAACCCUUUGUAAUAAUCCUAGAAGAAAAGUCCUACUGACCUACAAAGAAAAAAAAGAAGCACUUUUUAAUCAUUCAGUCUUUGAACUCUGACCUUUGACUGGAGAGGUGGACUCCAAGCGCUGGACUCUCUUGACUGCAUUUCCCGCCAUGGGCAGUUGGAUGCAUGUUUUAGCUGGUUGUAAUAUAUAGAGGAAAAAAAAAAAGGAACGUUUAUAUGCACCCCGGUGGAAGGUUCUUUGCAAAAA